AUGGCAAAUCCAUACCCGCUAGAGAGAACGCAAGAUGGCAUGCUGUGCGACCUCAGUCGCUAUCCAGAUGAACACUUUGGUGUUGUACCCAUCUACAAACCGUUGGGGAGGUCGAGAGGCCGAUCUUUCUUCCCAGAAAAAAUUAGGUUUCAAUUUGCAAAGUUUCGUCGCGACAAAUGGAACCGAAUCGUAGACUCCAUCAAUAGUGAUUUUGAAGGUCUCAUCAAGUCAAACAAUCUCAAGAUCGUUUCCGUACUUGAGACAUCCCCGUCUCAAAUACUGCAAAGGAACGAAAUGCAGCUGGGUGGUUUACCAGAUGGUGCUGAGAAGAUUAUCGAUGGAGCUGUAACGUAUUUUGCAUUAUCAAAGUUCGAGGACUACGACGAACCCCGAUUUCAGAGAAUAUGCGAAUGUUUGACUGAUAUUCUUGGGGACUUGGUCCUCCGCGACAUAAAUUGGGACGUGACACUGUUUACGCUUCGACGUAAAAGGCCAUUCGAACGAUUUCUCACUGCUCCGAGAGAUGCUUUUGUGGGAGAUCCUGAUCCGCGAUUCCUUCCAUUGUCUCAACCGGAAUCAGGCUCGAUGGAUAAUUGGGUACAUUUUCCAUUCAAUAACGCUGUCUCGAUGACUCUUCCAUACAUUCACUGGGACACAGUCAAUGGCGCCAAAGCAUACAACAAUGAUGUUUGCAAUGUAUAUGAGUCGCCUAAUGGUGUAAUUGAGGACAUGGAGAUCCCGACUCUUGCAAAUUUUUUGAGCCAAAACCAGAAUUUUGAGGCCUACCACCCACGUCGAUCUUUAGACCAAUUUUAUUACUCCCGAAUCAGAGAUACCAGCAAAAGAGAUUCAGAUCAAGUUGUCUCUCGCCAGACUAGAAUGGAGACAGACCCAAAGAUGAUCAUGGUAGACCAGCUUUGGCUCUGCCUUUGGAUCGUCGAAAGGAAAAGGAUCGUGGCUUCUGGGUCCACUUCUAAGCCCGAAGACUGGACUUAUGUUGGUUCAUCCAUCCUUACCUCUUUCCCUUGGACUUCGUACUCAAGGUCGAACCAAGACUCUCCAGACCUAUACCACAUUGCGGACGUCCGGCAAAGUGUCUUGGAAAAGUUAGAGGACAAGGAAUCUUCCCAUGGGGCUGAAAUCGCUGCUGCGAUCCUGUCGACAGCGCUAUCCGAAACGUUGACAACACACAACCAUUCGUCGCUGGACUUUUUAGAGCUCUUCCAAGAAGCAUUAGGCGCUGUGGCGAAGAACUAUGAUGAUCUCUUCCGCAAAUUCGAUGAUUCUAUGGCUGAGGGUGCAGAACGGAUAGAUCUGGAGCAGAGGAGAAAGCUGGUCCGACUAGGUAUCGAGAUAGCCGAUAUAAUCGACGAACUUCAUAUGUUAGUGCGGCUUUUUGAUACCCAAAAAGACGUUUUAGAAAAAGCGACCAACGAUAUUAAGAAUGUCAGAUGUCUAGAAUCACUUCGGAAUGAGAUGAACUAUAUUUUGGAAAACCUCAUCCGUCACUCUUUGUCCCAGAUAGAGGGGAUGACAAAAACUUCUGAGAGGCUACAAAAUGGUGUGCUAGCUUUGCUAGAUCUUCAGCAAAAGGAAGAGAACAUCAAUGAGUCGCAAAAGCUGAAUCAGCAGGCACUUUUCGCAGCAAAGCAAGCGCUUUCAGCACAAGUCCAAGCGGACGCGACGGAAGCUCAGUCGCAGAUUCUUUUCAUUUUCACCAUGGUGACAGUCAUCUUCCUUCCGCUCUCGUUCUUUACGUCAUACUUCGGCAUGAACAUAGACGAUGGGAAGGGUGAUACACUGAACUACACACGAUCUUACGUCAACAAAAUUAUGGGAGGGUCGUCGGGACCUAUCAUCGGGAUUCUGCUGGUCGGAGCUGUGUCCUGGUAUAUCAUAAGCAAAAACCAAGCUAAGCACAAGAGGACUAAGGAGCUUAUCAGAUUGCAAGAUGGGAAGGUUCUGCCUGAGCACAUGAUCAUGCCGACAGAUCCUGAGCAUACAAGAAUGACGAAGAUGCGGGAGGAAAUGGCGAGAAAGGAAGCGAGAGCAGCGAUAGAAAGAAAUAGACAUCACGAUACUUGGGGACUACGGGGUAGAAGGCCAAAGCAGGAGGACCAUCCUGCCGCCAAAGGGGCUGCGCAAUGCUGA